AUGUCCAUUUCUGGGACUCUUAGCAAUUAUUAUGUCGACUCUAUUAUAAGUCAUGAAAGUGAAGACUCGCCUUCAGCUAAAUUUUCAUCUGGGCAAUAUACAAGUUCCAGGCAAGCUGGGCACAAUGAGCAUCUAGAAUUCCCCUCCUGUAGUUUUCAGCCAAAACCUCCAGUUUUCAGCGCCUCCUGGACUCCUUUGAAUCCACAUUCUUCUGGUACCCUUCCUGCCGUCUACCAUCCAUAUAUUCAACAUCAAAGCGUCCCAUCUGAUAGCAGGUAUCUACGGAGCUGGCUGGAUCCAGUGCCCAGAGCAGAGACCCUCCCCGGGCAGGGGUCUGUUAAGGCAGAGCCGCUGCUGGGCCGUCCCGGGGAUGUCCAUAAACAGGGAACACAGGAGUACAAUUUAGAAACUUCUGCUGCAAGGGAAGGGAUCGUUUCCAAUCAAAGGCCCAGCUUCGAGGACAAUAAAGUUUGUGAAGGAAGCGAAGACAAAGACAGGACAGAUCAAACCAACCCAGCUGCCAGCUGGCUUCACGCCCGUUCCUCCAGGAAAAAGAUGCCUUACACCAAAUACCAGACCCUGGAACUAGAGAAGGAGUUUUUAUUCAAUAUGUACCUGACGAGGGACCGUAGACACGAAGUGGCCAGACUCCUCAACCUGGGUGAGAGACAAGUCAAAAUCUGGUUUCAGAACCGAAGGAUGAAAAUGAAGAAAAUGAACAAGGAACAGGGCAAAGAAUGA